CAGUGAGUAGGUGAUGCAAUAACCAAAAUUCAAGGGAAGGAGACAGGAGUACUACUUCUGUUAUCAGGGUUGGCUUAUGUCAGGUCAAGCUGCAAGACAAAAGAUAAAUGAAGAAUUCAAAAAGAACCAACAUGAGACAUCUACAGAGAAAAUAAAUGAGCUAUGAAGUGACCUAAGAAGAGGGGAAUAACCAUCUGCAAUAUUAGAAUGUGGAGUGCAGUGGCUGCAUUUACCCUAGCAUUUUAGUUCAUCAGAAGUUCACUUUUUAAGUUGUUCUGGUUGUCUCCACUUACUGUGAUUUGGCUUGUUUUGUGAAGCA